CCGAUAAGAGGUGUGGCAGCAGGAAUCGUCCGGAAUAGAAAACCCGCAAACGCCAAAGUAUAAAUAGGCCCAGCAUCCAGUAUUCAAGGUCGUCAUUUCAAUCUGUUCACUUCCCCGUGCAUGAUCAUCAUGUCUGCUCUCCUCACAUUUGUAGCGAUAGUUACGGUGAUGUCUGUGUGUCAAGCUGGUCCGAUAUCAGCGCCGCAUCACCCCAUGUUCCAGCGUCCGGCUUCCGGUCCCAUAAAGAGUCGCCAAUACGAUGUCAACAUUCCCGGUUUGGUGAGGGUGAGCGGACAGCAUAAUUAUCCAUUCGGUUAUCCCUCCGCUGCCGCAGUUGUUCCAUACCAACCACAACAGCAGCGCUGGAUGCCGACUGGUCCUUUAACUCGCAUGCAAGCGAUUCCGCCAUUCUGUUUGCCUUGUUCUAAUACGGCCAGAUCAUAUGGAUAUGAGCCAUUAGUCCAGAAACGUCUGCUGUUUCCUUCUUUCACUAUUAGCGGUGGAGUUAGUAACAACCCACCGACACAGACUUUAUCGACGGACUGGAUCAACUUGUGGACGAACCCACUUGGCAUUUUAUUCCCACAACAAUCUGUACCCCAACGACCCAUUUGGAGUUUCAUCUGCUGUCCGAAACCGACGACCACCACUACGAAGCCAACAACAGCAGCUCCUGUAACGACAGCAGCUCCCGCAACCACGGCAGCUCCUGCAACCACAGCAGCUCCUGCAACCACAGCAGCCCCUGCAACAACAGCAGCUCCCGCAACCACGGCAGCUCCACCAACAACGGCAGCUCCCGCAACAACGGCAGCUCCUACAACCACAGCAGCUCCCGCAACCACGGCAGCUCCUGCAACCACAGCAGCUCCCGCAACCACAGCAGCUCCCGCAACAACAGCAGCUCCCGCAACGACAGCAGCCCCUGCAACAACAGCAGCCCCUGCAACCACAGCAGCCCCUGCAACAACAGCAGCCCCUGCAACAACAGCAGCUCCGCAACGACAGCAGCUCCCGCAACGACAGCAGCUCCCGCAACGACAGCAGCUCCUGCAACGACAGCAGCUCCCGCAACAACAGCAGCCUCCUGCAACAACAGCAGCUCCACCAACAACGGCAGCUCCUGCAACCACAGCAGCUCCCGCAACAACGGCAGCUCCUGCAACCACAGCAGCUCCCGCAACAACAGCAGCUCCUGCAACAACGGCAGCUCCUGCAACGACAGCAGCUCCUGCAACAACGGCAGCUCCCGCAACGACAGCAGCUCCCGCAACGACAGCAGCUCCCGCAACGACAGCAGCUCCCGCAACGACAGCAGCUCCCGCAACGACAGCAGCUCCCGCAACAACAGCAGCUCCCGCAACAACAGCAGCUCCCGCAACAACAGCAGCUCCCGCAACAACAGCAGCUCCCUGCAACAACGGCAGCUCCUGCAACACCAGGUCCAGCAGAAAGAAGUUUCGCAUCUGGCACCAACAGCGACUCAUUGCCGACGGACGCCAUUCCACUUUCAGGACUCAAACUCCUGAUGAAUCUCUUCCCACCUAGUUACAUCAGCUUCCUCCGUCGUUGAAAAUGAACUAAAUUUCGCUGGCUUGAGUUAAAUUGGAUCCGAUUACGGCGGUUUGCGGAGUAAGCAUGUGCUGACAUUUUCCUCUAAUAUUCUCAUUUUCUUCAUAUUUAUGGAUAUUGCAUUUUCAAAUCUUCGUCUCGAACAAUGUGCGUGCAAGUUUAACCUGCGUAAAAUACAAUAAAUGUAAUUUUUUCUAAA